CCCGCUGCUAAGAUUAGCCAAACCCACGUAAUGUCAAAGGUCAUGGCAGCUGAAUAAAUACAGGUCACCUGGCAGAAGACGGGUGUCACAGACGGUCCAGACCUCCUCUGCCUCCAUUCGGGGAGUAUCUCUUGCUCACUCAUCCAGCUACACGAGUCAAGAUGCCUCACGCUUACCCAUUCCUCACUCCAGAGCAGAAGAAGGAGCUGAGCGAUAUUGCUCAAAGGAUUGUGGCCCCUGGCAAAGGCAUCCUUGCUGCUGAUGAGUCUACAGGUAGCGUGGCCAAGCGGUUCCAGAGCAUCAAUGCUGAGAACACAGAGGAGAACCGGAGGUUGUACCGCCAGCUUCUGUUCACGGCAGACGACCGCGUCAAGCCCUGCAUCGGUGGCGUCAUCCUCUUUCACGAGACCCUCUACCAGAAGACAGAUGAUGGCAAAGUGUUCUCGGACUACCUUAAGGAGAGGGGCAUGGUAGUUGGCAUCAAAGUGGACAAGGGUGUGGUUCCCCUUGCUGGCACCAAUGGAGAGACCACCACACAAGGUCUGGAUGGUCUGUACGAGCGUUGUGCUCAGUAUAAGAAGGACGGGGCAGACUUUGCUAAGUGGAGGUGUGUGCUGAAGAUCACUCCCACAACCCCUUCUAGACUGGCCAUCAUCGAGAACGCCAAUGUUCUCGCACGCUACGCCAGCAUCUGCCAGAUGCAUGGCAUCGUUCCAAUCGUUGAGCCUGAGAUUCUGCCUGAUGGUGACCACGACCUUAAGAGGUGCCAGUAUGUGACUGAGAAGGUUCUGGCUGCUGUGUACAAGGCCCUGUCCGACCACCAUGUCUACUUGGAGGGCACUCUGCUCAAACCCAACAUGGUGACUGCAGGACACGCGUGUUCCCAGAAAAACACCCCUCAGGAGAUCGCAAUGGCCACAGUCACAGCUCUCCGUCGCACCGUUCCUCCUGCUGUGCCCGGCGUCACCUUCCUGUCUGGAGGCCAGAGUGAGGAGGAGGCCACGCUCAACCUCAAUGCCAUGAACCAGUGUCCUCUUCACAGGCCCUGGGCUCUGACCUUCUCCUACGGUCGUGCACUGCAGGCAUCUGCCCUCAAAGCCUGGGGUGGCAAGAAGGAGAACGGCAAGGCCUGCCAGGAGGAGUUCAUAAAGAGAGCUCUUAACAACAGCCAGGCCUGUGUUGGAAAGUAUGUGUCCUCGGGAGAUAAGGGUGCUGCUGCUGGAGAGUCUCUCUUUGUGGCCAAUCAUGCCUACUAAUCACCAAGAUGCCUUUUACAUUUCACUCCUCAUCUUAUUCCUGAAGAAUCACUCAACCUGCUAUUGACUCCAUCAUUUGACCCAUUCCCUGUUUCUUUCUAGUGUUUGUUACUUCCAUGUGUGAAACAAGAUUAUGAAACUAAGAGAUGAAACCUAAAAGAGUAAUAAUGACGAUUUAAUAACCUCGAUAUAUAAACCCCCCUCUAUUUUAAUGACGGUCCUAUGUGUUCUGAUGUAGAGAAAUGUUGCUGUUGUACUUGUAGUACUUCUAUUAACUGUAUUUGACUUGCACAAAACACAUACACCUUUCAAGGGUGUAUUAUUAUCGUAAAUGUUUAAUAUUACAGACACUGGAAAAAGAACAGUAAAGUAUCUUUAUUCUAACCUAA